AUGGUAACUUUAGGGCCAGACGAAAAGCCCAGAGCUCGCUCUUCGCGUGACAACCCUGCACCCAUCGACCCCAACUUAGUUGAAGGGGCUGAUCAAGAAGACCGAUACUCUCUUUUCAACCCGGGAGAAAAGAAGCUCAUUACGGCAAUCAUCGGUUUGUCUAUGAUAUUCUCCCCGUUGACUGCCAACAUAUACUUCCCCGGUCUGGUUUUGAUACAAGAAGAUCUCAAUAUCACGCCAGAGCUCGUCGAUCUGACGAUUACGUCGUACUUGAUAGUCCAGGGAAUCUCGCCGGUGUUGUUCGGCGAUGCCGCGGAUCUCUUUGGUCGACGUCCUGUGUUCAUCGUUAUGUUCUCGGUGUAUGUAGUAGCGAACAUCGCUCUGGCGCUUCAAAACAGCUUUGUGGCGUUGCUCGUCCUGAGAAUGGUACAGAGUUUAGGUUGCUCUGCCACGAUCGCCAUAGCGUAUGGAGUGAUAGCAGAUGUAUCUACUCCAGCAGAGCGAGGCUCUAUGCAAGGUGUUGCAAUCACGGCUGCCAAUGUUGGCCCUGUCCUGGCUCCCGUUAUAGGCGGGGCUUUGGUUAGCCAGGCUGGGUGGCACUGGGUGUUCUGGUUUCUCCUUAUCGCUGGAGGCGUGGUAUUGAUCAUGAUUGUGAUGUUUCUGCCCGAGACAGCGAGAAACAUUGUUGGCAAUGGGAAGGUAUUGCCAGCAAAAUGGGGACAGCCUCUCGUGUCUAUCAUAUUCGGUAUCAGAAUGCCGAAGGCGAGCCAGACCUUUGCAGCUGAACCACCACAAAAACGGCCAGCUCGCAUGCUUAACCCGCUACGUUCGUUUCGUAUCUUGUUUUAUAAAGAUUCGUUCAUAGUUCUCCUUCUCAGUGGUAUCUUCUAUCUCAUAUACUACUGUGUUCAAGCGUCUAUCACCAACAAAUUGAAGGAGAUUUACGGCUUUGACGAGUCUGUUAUUGGCGCUUGUUAUCUGGCGAUUGGAGUAGGGGUGAUAAUAGGUGGCUUCGUCAAUGGAAAGGUAAUGAAUUACAAUUACAAGCGCCAGGCUCGAAGUAUUGGUCAUCAAGUUGAUAAAGUGAAAGGCGACAACUUGCAAGACUUUCCGAUCGAGAAGGCGAGAACAAGGUCAAUGGUAUUCCUAAAUGUAGCGCAUCUAGCUACACUUGCGGCUUAUGGCUGGCUUCUUCAGAAACGAGUGCAUGUUAGCGGACCUCUCAUUCUACAAUUUGUAUUAGGUGGCCUUGAAACAUGCAUUGUUCAGACUUUCAACACCCUCCUGGUAGACAUAUUCCCCGAGACUCCGAGCACGGCGGCGGCAGCAGGGAACAUCGUGCGAUGCGGGUUAGCAGCUGCGGGCAUCGCGGGACUAAAGCCACUGAUGAGCUACAUAGGAAAUGGCUGGUACUUCACUAUGCUUUCGAUUGUUGGGUUUGCAGUCGGCUCAGUUGCAACCUACAUUCUACGGAGAUUUGGGAUGAGCUGGAGACUCCAGCGAUUUGAAGCUGAGAGGUGA